UCAUUUCUCACUCUCUCUCUCUCUCUCUCUCUCUCUCUCUCUUCUUUUAUAUAUAAAGAGUGUCAUUUUUCUCAACAAUAAUGACAUGACAAGACACCCAACACCGUGUAAUUACUUCCACUCGGGUGUUUCCCAUCACUCUCCAGUAGCACAAGAAACCUUCUGCAACAUACAUACACAUACUUCUUCGCCCAAAAUAAGGGGGAAGUAUGAUUCAGACUUCCCUGAAAGGUGUGAUUUGCAGAGGAAGACCUGCUGCUGAAGAUUUUGGGAAGCGACAGUAACCUCGUGAUGGUCAAAGUAAUGUGUUUGUCUACUCAAAGCUGAAAUUGUAUUAAUCCUUUUCUCUGUUGGGCCUUCCCUUAUUGUACUGAAAGAUGCAAUUUGGGUGCAUUUACUGUUGUUGGAAUCACCGGAGGCAUGAAGAAGCCUUAAUUUGAGGAGCACUUAUUGUGGCUGUUUUUGCUCACCAGAGGCCCUCUCACUCUGUUUAUUAUUGUCCUUCAACCACCCUCUUUCCUCAGCACCAAACCGGCAGGCCUUAAAUUGGCAAAGCGAAGCUCUUAUGGUGUUUUAAUUUGCAGCUGAAAGGGGUUUAGUUUUGAGAACUUUUCGAAUAGCCAGCGGUGCAGUUUCUUGCAAUGUUCGAGUUCGAGAAAGCCCUGAUUCUGGUUUUGGUUUGUAAUUUGCUAGCUGUGUGUGAUGGGUUGUUAAACGGGACGGCCAUGUCGCGCCGGAGCUUAACUCAUCAUCCUCGCCGUGUUUUGCUUGGGACUGGGCCCCCUGCCCCACCCACCCACAAUGCUACCCAGAACCGAACCCGAGGCUCAUUCAACCAGACCGAUUUUGACACCAACAUGGUGAUCAUCCUAGCUGCCCUUCUCUGUGCCCUGAUCUGUGCCCUGGGCCUUAACUCGAUUGUCCGCUGCGCCAUGAGAUACGGCCGGAGGUUCCCCUUUGAGACUCCAGAGGGUACCGCCGCGAGACUGGCAUCGACCGGCCUCAAGAAGAGUGCACUCCGGAGGAUCCCCAUGGCCAUCUAUGGGGCAGCGGAGGUUAGCAUCCCAGCCACCGAGUGCCCGAUCUGCCUCGGGGAGUUUGUGGAAGGGGACAAGGUCCGGGUUCUGCCUAAAUGCCACCAUGGUUUCCACGUGAAGUGUAUAGACACGUGGCUGCUCUCGCACUCUUCUUGUCCGACGUGCCGGCAAUCGUUACUCGACCAAGCGUCGGCUUCCAUCUGAAUUGGUAAGGUGCUAGUGUUUCAGACUUCAGGAAAUAUAUUUAUUAGAUCAAGUUGCAGUUUAGGAGUAUUAUACAUUAUCAUAAAUUCAUAAUUGUGAACGUAGUUGUGCAGACAGAGAAAGUAGUAGCUCCAUUCCACUACAGGGACAGAAUAUACGCGUAUGGUUUAAGGAAAAAUAUGCUGUUCCUCGACAGUCGGUAUGAUUCACUUCUGAAAAUUGGUUGGAAAGAAUGCAAUUAUGCAAGUGCAUAAGGUUGUUUUUCUCGA